GCUGAGUUUGACCCUUACCUCACUUUCUUUUUCUCAUCUCUGGCGGGGCAAUAGAAAGCGCAGCAGCAGCUCAGCAAGCUACAAGCGAAACAAAGGGCGGUAAAGCCAGGAAGAAAGCAACUGAGAGUUUCAGUAUCACUAUCAACAAGAUUGCCUUAUAGAAUAAUCUUAGAGAGCUCCUAAUUUUGCUGCAACACAGCCGACGCCCAAGGAUCGUAACCCUAGAUUGCCACCACCAAACUCCCCAUCGACACCGCUGAAACCUUCCUCUGCUGAAGUACCACCGACACCCCAGAUUGCAAGAAAACGGGUCAGACCCUCAGUCGGCACUGCAUUUGGCGGUGCACACUUACACAACCCGGCGACCAUCAACAACGGUAAUAUCGACGUCGGAAACUCAGCGAGAAAUUAAAGCCCAAAGUAAUGAGUGGGGAUUCUUUGGAGAAACUCAGAACUCUUCAUAUCUCCUCUCUUGAUGAGGAUGAAGGAGCUGGAGUUGAUGUUGAUGGAGAAUUUGAUAUGUAUAAAGACAAUGACGAAGAUGACGAUGAAGAAGAAGUACCUGUAGCACUAGGUUUCGUCGAAAAGCCUAAGAAUCGCUGGUCACUUCUUCGUCAGUUAUUUCCAAGCAAGGCUGGGGGUGUUCCUGCUUGGUUGGAUCCCAUUGAUUUGCCUUCAGGAAGAUCUUGCAUUUGUGACAUUUGCGGUGAGCCUUUGCAAUUCCUGCUUCAGGUUUAUGCACCACUCUUUGAGAAGGAAUCAACAUUUCAUCGCACAUUAUUUGUAUUCAUGUGUACGUCGAUGGCUUGUCUUCUCCAAGACCAACAUGAGCAAUGGAAACGCCAACCAGAGAAAGCAGCUCGCAGUGUGAAGGUUUUUCGUUGCCAAUUGGCCCGCUCCAAUCCUUUUUACUCAACUGAUCCUCCAAGAAAUGAUGGGACUGACAAGCCUUCUGGAAUUGGAGCUUCACUCUGUAGUUGGUGCGGUACCUGGAAGGGAGAUAAAGUUUGUGGUAGUUGCAGAAGAGCACGAUAUUGUUCAGAGAAACAUCAGGCUGCGCACUGGAAGAUAGGUCACAAAAUUGAUUGUAGACAGUUGAACAUUUCUCCUCAAUUAUCUGAUUUUAGCACCAGCAAUAGUCCAGCAGAUAUACAGAAAGUUGCAAGCAAUACUAUAUGGUCCCAAUAUGAGAUCGUAAAUGAGGAUGAAUGUGAAUUCGAUGUAGAGAUGUCUGAAGAUACUAAAAAUGCUAAUUCAUUGGUUUCUGUGAGCCAAAUGGAUGACACAAUCAAGUCACUACUAGACAAUUUUGAGGGGGACGCUGAUAGGAAGAGUUGGGCCUCUUUCCAAGAGCGCAUAGCCAGGGCACCUGAACAAGUACUGAGGUAUUGUAGAUACGAAAGAGCUAAACCCCUAUGGCCUAUGUCAAGUGGCCGGCCAUCGAAGGCUGAUAUUCCUAAUUGCAGAAGCUGUGGUGGCGUUCGAGGAUUUGAAUUCCAGAUUUUGCCACAGCUGCUUUAUUACUUUGGUGUGAAAAACGAUGUGGACUCUCUUGAUUGGGCAACUAUUGCUGUGUACGCAUGUGAAUCUUCCUGCGAUGCAAGUGUGGCUUACAAGGAGGAAUUUGCUUGGAUUCAACUUGCUUCCCAAUCUUCUACAAUACCUUGAUUUUUACUCAUUAUUCUGCUUUCCAGAAUGACAACAGAGCUCGAAUAUGUGGGAUGUGAUCUCGUAUUGAAGCAUAGAAAUCUAUUUCUACAAAUGCGCUUGAAAAUUUUGUUUUAUUUGUAUGCAAACACAGAUACUAUUUGUCAUAUUAUGUUCAUGGAGAAGCAAAAAUUAUCAGUCUUUUUCAUUUGAUUUUUGUAGUGGAAGUUGCAAUGAACAUGAGGUACGAUUAUAUAGGGCAAGGGGGACAUUACUCUGGUUGGGUCUCUCUUGAUGAAUAUUGUUGAGAUGAGCUGGCUUAGGUACGCAUAUAUUGCAUUUUAAACAUUUUGUUACAGAAUUUGCAAUUUUUUACACAUUGUAUUCAGAGUUGAACUGGCAUUUUUGUCCUUGGCAGUCCGGACUGAUUUUAUUUUU